GUGGCGUGACCGUGGAACCGAGCCGACAUAUUGCGGUCGUAGUUAUUUGUUUUUUUUUUUGUUUUUUUUUGUGACAGCAACCCCCGAGCUUCCUCGAGCUUCUCUCUAGGCUCGCGAGUCGAACCUGCCAUUAUUCUUCGGGGAUGUACGACUGACGAGCGCCGAGGGAAGUUCCCGAGGGUCUCUUCGCGGUCGACCAUGGGCGGUGUGCAGAGCGGGACUCAUAAUCUUGGCGAGGCGUUAUGGGUGCAGGAGCGACAGCGGCAGAAGUGCCAUCGAGAGGGCAGCCGCUACGACUCCCACUCGGCACAGUCGACGCAGGAUCGCCGGAAGCUGCUGAAGCGUACGAGAAGUCUCGCAGUGAUAUCGGAGGACGAUUCCCGGCAAGAUCGAGAGGCGGCGCACUUUCGGCUAGGCCAGUCGACCUUCGAUUUGCCCAAGAGAUAUCAAUUGAUACCGCGGGCCAAACUGAUCGAUCGGAAUUCCCUCAAGGACAGACUCUCCAAGAGUCAGCAGCAUCUUUCGGACUCUUACGAGAGAUUCAACGAGGCAAAAUCGUUUCAUUCGCGCUCGACGUGCGGCCUUCACUCGAUCCCGCCGAGUCUCGUGUCUUUUCCAGAUCCACUGCCUCAUACGCGAAGAAACCGCGACGAUCCUAAUCGACUGAAUAUUCUCGAUUGGCCGGAUCCUCCGAGGCGAUAUCGCAGCGUGCAGAAUUUGGAUACAGUAAGCGGAUUGGUCGAUAUUGUCGAAGAUAACUGGCCUAUUGAAGGCAAUCGGAGUAUUGAUUGCAUAUAUACGCAGGUGAAACGCAAACGUAAGGAGCACAGGAGCUUAGACAGCGUUCUUUUCGAAGACGACGGGGAAUUGGAAUACUUCGACGUACUGAAUUUGCUGCCUCUCUCCAACAUACGGCUGGGAUACAACGAGGCCGGUUCAUCGAGGGACGGUAAUUUCGCGCGUAAGAAGGUACACGGUUUACGGGAUUUAAGAGUGCUCGAGUACAACGAGCCGAACAGCGCGAGCGAGGUCUCGCCGACGAGGAGCAGCAACGCUACGGACGAGGAGAAAUGUAAGGAGCAUACAGUGAAUGAGGAUAAUCCCGCUCGAGCCGACGACAAACCUGAGAAAGAGGCCCGCGAGGAUCUCGACUCGUCCAAGGGGACCGACUCGAGCCGGCGGAAGCAUCGAGAGGCCGACGAGAGUUACGGAGCAGCUUCGAAGAUUAGCUCGGCGAACAAGGACGCGCCCUCCUCCUCAUCCAAGACCGAUCAUCGAGAAGCCGAUGUCGACAAUCUCGUGACCUCCUGCGAGGAGGAGGAUCAGAAGAUCGAGGAGGUCGAGGACUACAAGUCGAUCUGGAUUUUGAACGCCGACCGGAACGAGAUGUCGCGAAGACCGCAGAUUCUCAAAGUCGUCGACAGUGACGUCACUAGGAGACGCCAUCGGCGUUCCGUCAUAGAAAUCGACGCUAUCGUCGAGGACGUGCCAAAGGAUAAGAGACCGCAAGAGAUCGCGAAAGAGGCAAAUGAGCGUAUCGAUGCCUCCGUAAUUAAAUCGAUUAGCAAUGCGAACGAGGAGGACGAAGUUCAUGGAAGAAAAGCGAAAGAAGCUACGACACCGGAAAAUGUGGAAAAUGGGGCGACGGUGGAAAACGCGAGAAACUUCUUCGAGCGGAAGAGCACCGAGAAGGAGGCAGCGCGAAAUAAGCAAAACGAGGGCAGAUUCGAGAGGAUCGUAAAAGAGACAUCCAACAUUCUCGGCAAGGCGUGCAACGUCGUAAAGGGCAGCCUGGGCUUCGAGGCGAGAUCGGAGAGUUCGGAUCUCGGUCUCGGCUCCGAAUCCGGUAGCGAUUCCCGCAGAAGAUCGGUGGACGACAGUAUCGAGGACGACCGGCCGUUGAGAAACGUCGAAAACUCCAAUAAUACCACCGUGCUAAGAACAAGCGAUGGCAAAAAGUCACACACUAAUCUCAUCAGAUCCAGGAGCUGCGCGGACUCGAUCGAGUGCCAGGACGACGGUCCGGAGUUCGAUCACGUGCGCUACAAGAUCGUCAAGUCGCAUAUGUUUAGCAAGAACAUGUUCAGCACCGCCCGAGGCGAUGUCACGUACGAGGGAUUGAUGCAGUAUUUGCGCGAGUAUUCGUUCCAAGAAUUGCUGAUGGACAAUAACGUUGUCAUCAUCGAGCCGGUCCGCGCCGAGCCGGUGGAGCGGAAAUCGUCGCCGUUGGCCAGAGCGGAGCCCACGUGCAUGAUCGCCGGCGCGAUCCAGAAGAAGAUGGAGAACCGCGAGAGAAACGGCGAACGAUCCGAAGCCGGUAGCGCUAAAAGCUCUCGACAGUCGUCCAUACGAAAGCACUUCUUCUACCAACCUAUACGGGUGAACCGUGAGCUGAUUGACGAAGAGCUACCGGAUCCGGAUACCGUCAGAAACGUAAGACGCAUGUUCGAGAACACUCUCGAGAAGAAGAAAAGCAUAGCAGACGCCGAGUUUACCAGGGACGACAAGACCAGGAGGAGUGUCAGCAUAAAGGAUCUGACUAGUCUCGACGACGGUCGGUACGACGAAAUAUCCGACAAGACACGCGAAGAAUCCAGAUCCAGAUGUUCCAGCAGAGCAAAAGAUCUCACGAGACUCUUCGAGACCAAGUCCGCGUCAUCGACAGUUUCCGUCGCCAAGGAGGAACUCGGAAGUCCCCGAUGCGAGUCAAAAACAAGAAUUCUCGCGCAAAGUUUCGAAGCCAGAAGCGGAAAUACGUCGCCAAGCGGUUCUAAUUGUUCUAAGAACAAGGUCGGUCGUUACCAUCAUCAUCAUCAUCAUCAUCAUCAUCAUCAUCAUCAUCAAAACUGGGAUUCCGGCAGCGUGAGUUCCGGCGUGUCCAGCGAUUAUCCCGACACCGAUCCCGGAAGCGGUGCUCAUUGCACGUCGUCCGAUGACGAGGAUAUGAAUUGCAACGAUGACGACGCGGAUGCGAAUGGUCCGGGGCAUUACGUGUCCCAAGACGUGCUGAGAAAGAUCCGCGAGUGCGGCACUUCCGUAACUUAUUACGGCGGGAAAGUGGUCAACAUGCACAACGGACCGUUGGUAUCGCCGUUGAUCGGCAACGGUUUCAAGCGUGUCGACAAAUCGAACGAUUACGUAAAGUUCAAGCUGGUAAAGAGUAAUUCCUGCGACAGCAGGCUGGAAUUGGCCGGCAGACUUGUCGAGGGACAAUCGUUGCGUCGCAAUCGCGACAGAUGCGUCGAUCUCAGACAAUGUACCAUCGCGGAGACACCCAGUAUCGAGAUCACGACGAUCGACAGCAGGCAAAAAGACGAGGCACAAAGGGACGAGGGGAUCGAGCAGGUCGAACAGGUGAAGAGAGAACCGCCGGUGGUGAUUGGUUUGGAGCCGAAGAAAGAAGAUUCUAAGGAAACGAGGAAGACGUUCAAAGCUGACUUUAAGCUGGACGAUCUGGACGACUCGAGAUCCAAUUAUCCGAGUAGAUUCAUGCCGAGUGCGUUGACGAGAUGGGAGGUGAACUCGAGCUGGAAGGUCGGCAAUGACUUCGGUAAAAUGGAGUUCGAGGAGUUCGAGGUGCUCGAGGAUAGUCUCAAUGGGAUCGAUGAGCAAAACCAGUACGCGCAAACAUCCUGAACGGGAAUUAUCUUUUGUAUGAUAUUUAUUUCUUUGAUGCGACUGUGACAGAUGAGAGCAGGAGAUAACGUGAUCAUUAUUUUUAAUAAAAUGUUACGUGAAGAUAUUUCUUGACGUUAAUAAAAAUAAUUUUUCUUUUGCGAAAAAAAAAGAUAUUCCAGCUUGCGAAAAGAUAAAUUUUAAUCGCAAUCGAAUAAACGUUGCUGGAAAUAAAACAAGAAUUUUUUAAAAAUGUGUUUCUGGCGACUGUGUUUUUGACAAAUAACGAAAAUAUCGCGAGAGUAUAUUGAUAGUCAAAGUAAUUUAUUGGUACGGAAGUGCUAUCCAUCAAUUAGUUUAUUAUUCCAGGUGGAUAAAUCCACACGAGUCAUAUUAGAACAGGUAAUAAAUAUUGAUUACGUACUAAAAUAUAAUACAUAUUAAAGAUUCAAUAUACUAUUGCAUAUAAUGCAUAAAGUACGAAUGAUCUAUGUAAUUUGAGUGUACUAAAUGUGUA